AUGAACGGGCUUAAAGCCGCUGCCUGGCAAAUGUUCGACAACAUUAUCUCGCCAAAGAGAUUCAGUGCGGAGAGUGCACAAGGAAAAGUCGACAUGAUCAAUCGUCUUUACGAUACUCUGCCAGGAUGCCUGAACAGUGCCGAUGUACAAGAUUCUUUGGAGUAUGGCUAUAAAGCAAUCAAGGCAGUCAUGGGGGCCCUCGACCAAGCUGCGCAAAAUAACCCCAAUGUUAACGGCAUCACAGCCUCCUCGUUCGAAGACGCAUGGAUAACUUACUCGAAAGACUUCUUCGAGCAAAUGCAAGGGAACCUUCAGGAUUUCGUGACGGCUCGUAUCAAUGAGGUUACCAAGUACUGGAGUACAAGUGCCGCGACCACAGCCUUUACCAAGGCUGGGGCAGCGGCAGUUGCGAAAGCACUUGGCGAGAAGCUGAGCGUGUCACUUGUGGGCAGUGCAAGGUCUAGUGUGAUGAAAUUAAACCUGUCUGCGGGCCAUGUGCUGGAACAACCCGUGGUUGCACAUUCACGUCCAGUCCCAUCUUUCGCCACUUUGACAGUCAAGAUGGCCAAAAGGAGACUAGGAAGUUUGGCCAACAGCAACGUUGGCCCUCUGAUGAGUAUCUGCUCUUUCGGUCGGAGCAUACUUGGAUCAAGGUACCACCAUCCCGUCUUCCAGAAUAUGAUCAAGCUUCCUCAGCCGGGAACACCGCAGAAGAAGGAACCAUUGUUCUCAUCACACAGCUACUACAUUACUUCACGAAAUCUCCCGCGCAAUGGUAAUCCCGUUACACACUGCAUUUAA